AUGUGGCAAUCAGGACGGCAGCAGUCCGGAACUGCUGUCUCGAGACUGAGCCAGAAAUUCGGAGCCGCCGCCCAAGUCGCAGAGAUAGCGCCACCUCCUCUACGGACACAGCAUCGACAUCGCCAAGAGUCCGUGGAGAACUCCCCAGAUGAUGAUGUUCACUCACGCAGCUCGACGCUCGGGGGAGACGAACAGGAUUUCGAAUACCCAGAGAAGACGCCAACAUCUUUGCCAAAGACAACGCAACAAGUGCAUGAGAUUAAACUCGAAGAGAAUGAAGAGACCGCCGAACCGCCUCCGCCUCCUCAUGUUCCCGGCCCCCUGGAAACACAACUCGCCAGUCUAAUGUCUAAGCUCAUCUUCAUGGAGCGCGCCAACCCCGUUGUAUCGGUCACGCCGGAAGACUAUGCUGAGAUGGUCGCUGAACUCAAGGCUCUUCGAGAGGAGAAGAAGACAUGGCAAAAGCGGCACGAAGCCCUCUUCGCCCUUCGCGACGAGGAUGUGGAGAACAACAUCAAGAUCCGGGGCAUGCUCGCAAAGGCCCGCCGCGAACUUGAAGGCAUGACCAAGCUCCGGGACGACGAUCUUGUCAACUUGCAAGCCGUCAGGGCUAAACUUGCAGAGGCGACAAGAAAGCUGGACAAGCUGGAGGCACAGAGCUCACAGACUGGACGCUCGAGUCCCAGCCGGGGUCAUGGUGGUCGCCCAGGAAGCGUAAUCAUGGAACGGAGAGGUACGAUGGACCUGUUUGCAGCGGCAAAGGCAGCGGCACUGGAACAGCGUGCUUUGGAGCUUGAGCAGAGGAAUCAAGACUUGCUGGCGCAGAUUGAGACAUUGAAGGGCGGCGCGAAUAUCGACGAUCUUAAUCGCAUGACUGCUCACAAGGCCUGGAAGGAUACAGUCACGGACUUGGAGGCAAGGCUGAAGGCCAAGGAUGCCCAGAUCGCGCGGUUGCAAUCCGGUGGUGCACUGACGGUUACUGGAUCGGUUUCGGGGUUGGAGUUGCACCGUGUUGAAGCUAUUCACGAAGAGCACGCCAGCUAUCGCGAGAAGAUGGGCGGAAAGCUGCAGGCCUUGCGCUCAGAGAAGGAGGCGUUGCAAAAAGAGUUGCACCGCAAGGAGGAUGAGAAUCACGCAUUGGAGGUGAAGAUCCAGAGUCUUCAGAGACGGAUCAGUAUACUCUAG